GAGCCAGGCAGGAGGCGUCGCCAGGGCGCAGGUGAAACCGAUUCCGGCCUCUCCCGGGAACUCUAGCUGCCUGGACUCCCGGCGAGGGGCUCGCGUCGCGCAGGGCCGGCCCUGCAGCCAGCCGCCCUCUCCCACCCGGGCUGCGUGCGGGGACUCAGCCGGGGGGCUUCUCCCCCCGAGAUCCGCGGCCCUUUGGCGCGCUCGGGGCUGCCAGCCGCGCCGGCGUCUGCGGCUGAUGGAGGCGGUGGCGCCGCCCCGAGUGCAGGUGACACUGGACAGGCCGAGGUUUCGGCGGGCGGGGGAGAGCUCGGGGCGGGAGAGCGACGGACACUCGGGGACCCGGGGACGACCAGGCAGCGAUGGCCCGGGAGUUGAGCCAGGAGGCACUGCUGGACUUCCUGUGCCAGGCCGGGGGCCGAGUGACCAACGCCGCCUUGCUGAGCCACUUCAAGAGCUUCCUCCGCGACCCGGGCGCGUCCCCCGGCCAGCACCAGCGCCGCCGCGAGCUCUUCAAGGGCUUCGUUAAUUCGGUCGCCGCAGUGCGCCAGGACCCCGACGGCACCAAGUACGUGGUUCUCAAGAAGAGGUACAGGGACCUUUUGGGCGAGGAGGGGCUGCAGCGACCCCGAGACCCGCCCGCGGCCGCCGCCCCUGCAGGGGGAGCUGCGCCCUGCUCCCCGCCCGCCGCGCGCCCAGGGGAGGCGCCGCGCCAGCCUAGGCGGCGGCGGCGGGGGAAGGAGCAGGAGGAGGAGCCAGCAGGUGCCGCAGCGCCCGCAGCGGAUCCAGGUUGCAAUGGACUCUCCGCCAGCGGCGCCCGGGAGGCGGCCCGGGGAGGCGGCGGCCGAAGACGCGGCUCCGACCCCAGGGCGCCGGUGUCCGCGGCGGCGGCGGCAGCUGCCCAGGUCGGAGCGAAAUGCGCGGCGGCGGAGACCCAGGGCCGCUGCUGCUGGGAAUGUCUCCAGAACGGCCUGGGGGGACUCCCGGGCGAGCCGCUGGCCGGUGCACUCCCCGACCCCGCCACCGCUCGGGAGGAGCCGGCGCGGGCUCCAGCUGCCCCAGAUGACCGCAGGGCUCCCGGCCAGGAGCAGGGAGGCGCUCCCGCUGAGCCUGCGCCGGUACCUGCAGCGCCCCUCUCGCCUCCUCCAACCGUCGAGGCUACUGGGAGCGGGGCUUCCCCGCCUGCCGUCCUUUCCAGCUGUCCUCCUCCCGGAGACCGGCCGGAGCUGAUGACCCCGGGCGACCUCCAUCAUUCCAGGCAGCAGCUGCAGCAGCAGCAGCAGCAGCAGCGCACUCGGGAAUGGGUGGCCAGACAUCCCCACGCGCCCGAGGCCCGGGACCAGGGCCCCACCAGAGUCUGGUCAGUGCUGCCAGAGAACUUCCCCUUGGAGCUGGGCUUCGGGGUCCCAGAACCUAAUUCAGCGCCUUUAGACCCUCCUGUUUCCCCUCAUUCUCUCUCCCCUGCUGUUCCGGAGGCCUGGCCCGGGAACCCCCCCUUGGCAGUCUUUCGCAGCAUUCGUUCUCAGCUGUCCCUCCAAGAACUGGAUGACUUUGUGGACCAGAACAGUCACAGCAGCGAGGAGAGCAGCAGUGGGCCCAAAGAGUCCCCUGGGGGUUCUGAAGAGGGGCUGCGCAUCGCCCUAGGAACCCCAGAUUGGAGAAAGCUCAGGAAUUCAGCUGGCGGCCUUUCUCCGAAGGAGGGCGACUGCAGCAGGAGCCCUCAAUGCCUCAGAAACAGAGGGGAUGGGCACGCCCCUCAGCAGGUUCCACCUGGGGCGAAUGGUCUUGCCGGCCAGCCCCAGGAGCCCUUGCCCUCGCCAGCUCCCAGGUUAAGGAGAUCCCUCAGGAUGAGCUCUUGGGCAGGGAGAGCCGCAUUGUCCUCCUCGGAUGAGGAAUGUCCUGAGGAGGACUUGCUGAAAAGGAGCCGGCGCCCACCACGGUCCAGGAAACCCUCCAAGGCAGGAGCCGCGUCCAGCCCCAGGGUGGAUGCUGCGUUGACACCCAACCCUGCUGAUGUGAAGGCUGCUGUUGCUGCCAGGAGUCGUCUACACAGUGUGUGCGCCCCAGGUAGGCAGGCGCCUGCAGCCUUGGUCCCGCACAGACCGGAGCACAAGCCGUCUCUUGUGCCCCUGGAUGCCAGGGAGCAUGAAUGGAUGGUGAAGCUUGCCACUGGCUCUUGGAUUCGCGUGUUGACUUUGUUUUGGGAGGAUCCUCAGCUGGCUUUGCACAAGGACUUCUUGACUGGGUACACGGCUUUGCACUGGAUAGCCAAGCAUGGCGACCUCAGGGCCCUGCAGGACUUCGUGGGGAGUGCCCAGAAGGCAAGGGUUGCUCUUGAUGUGAAUGCGAAGUCCAGUGGUGGGUAUACCCCUCUGCACCUUGCAGCCAUUCAUGGCCACCAGGGGGUCAUGAAAUUGCUCGUGGAAAGGCUGGCUUCCCGGGUGAAUAUCCGGGACAGCAGUGGGAAGAAGCCGUGGCAGUAUCUGACCCGUAAUACCUCUGGGGAAAUAUGGCAGCUCCUGGGAGGCCCUCGGGGCAAGCCUAUUUUUCCUGUCUAUCCCUUAGUCCGAAGCUCUUCCCCCACCAGGAAGGCCAAGAGCCGGGAGAUAUCUAGACAUAUCACCCGAAAGACUUCCCUUGCUGCACUACUCAAAAGUCAGCACCACAAGUGGAAAUCGGCCAACCAGUAUGAGAAAUUCCCCACUCCCAAGGAAAGAGAAGAGUACAGUGACUAAGGCGGACCCCUGUCUCCAACAUGCAGCCACUGCACCUCCAUCCUUGAGCUACCCAGUGAGAGAAUUCAGGGGGAACAGAAAAACUGCCAAGGAGUGGUAAAGAGAGAGGUCGAGUGAGAUGGCCUCCCUAGUGUUUACCUGCCUGGAUUUGUCAGCACAUCAUGGACCUCAGGGGUUAUUCAAGCUUCUGACAGCUCAAGUCCUUGGGCCAGUGAGACCUCUACAAGGGGCAGAGCCACGUGCUUAAAAGCAGCAGGUGUCCUUCCUCUUCCCUGUCACCUCUGAGCACAGUAAGCACAUUGUUCUCUGUAGCAGCAGUACCAGGCCUUGGCUAGGGGGGACAGCUGUCUAACAAGAAGGGAGGCACUUCCAGGAAUUGACAAAGCUCAAACAGAAUCCGCUCUGGCUGGUAGUUCUCUGGCUUCUCUUCAUUUGGAGAAUAAUUUGGCUGCGAGUGGAAAGCUCCAGAUUUGAAAUCAGAUGGCCCCUCUUUUCCUUUUUUUUUUUAUUCUUUUUAAAAAUCUUUUUUCAUUCUUUUCCCCUCCCUCCCUUCCUCCCUCC